GGGCGGAGGGCGAACCGGAAGGGGCGGGUGUCCGCGGGCCGGGCUCCGAGUGCGGGCCCAACAUGCCGGCCGUGUCCCGGGCGCUGCAGCGUCUGGGUCUCAGGCUGCGCAUUCACCUCAUUCGCGACGUUAGCCGCCAAUAUCCGGUCUUCUGUGGCAUUUUCCUGCUUCUCACCUCCUGUACCCUGCUGCUCAACAGGUACCUGCAUAUUCUCAUGAUCUUCUGGUCAUUCCUUGCUGGAGUCGUCACUUUCUACUGCUCACUUGGACCGGCCUCACUUGUACCCAAUAUUCUCUUCUCUAUUGAGCGCAAGCCAAAGCUGGAACAACAGGAACUAUUUCCUCAAGGUCACAGUUGUGCUGUCUGUGGGAAGGUCAAGUGCAAACGACAUAAGGCCACACUGUUGUUGGAAAACUACCAACCUUGGCUGGGUUUGACAGUUAGUUCAAAGGUGGAUGCAUCUCUAUCUGAAAUUCUGGAGCUGGUGAUUGAAAACUUUGUGCACCCAUGGUAUAGGGACGUAACUGAUGACGAAGCCUUUAUUGAUGAACUCAGAGUAACAUUACGCUUUUUUGCAGCUGUUUUAGUCCGGAGAACUCAGAAGAUUGAUGUUCCAGUCCUUGUAAACCGGAAAUUAUUAAAUGCGGCAGUGAAGCAUAUUGAGGUCAUUUCAAAAGCAAGGCAAAAAGUAAAACACAGUGAAUACUUACAGCAAGCUGCUUUGGAGGAGUACGGACCAGAUCUGCAUCUGGCUCUGAGAAGCCGUCGUGAUGAACUCCAGUAUCUCAGGAAGUUAACAGAACUGCUUUUUCCAUAUAUUUUGCCACCAAAAUCCACAGAAUGCAGAUCCUUAACCCUAUUGAUCCAAGAAAUUCUGGCUGGGUCAGUAUUCCUUCCUUCCCUAGACUUCUUAGCUGAUCCGGACACUGUGAACCAUUUAUUGCUGAUUUUCAUAGACAACAGUCCUUUUCAAAAUAACAAAAAGGGAAAAGGGCCUGAUGCAAAAGUUCGGACACCCUGCACGCCGGAGCCAGCAACUGAGCCUCCCUCUCCCUUGGUCCCCUUCCUGCAGAGAUAUGCUGUUGGCAGAAAUAAAACCCAGUCGGCCCUUAAACUUGAGCUGAAGGAAAUAAGAAAUCAGCAGGAUCUGCUCUUCGGGUUCAUGAACUUAUUAAAGCAGGAGGGUGCAGUGCAUGUCCUGCAGUUCUGUCUGGCUGUGGAAGAAUUCAAUGACAAGAUCCUGUGUCCUGAGCUCACUGAUGACGAGAAGCAGAAUCUUCACAAGGAGGUGAAGGAAAUCUAUGAGACAUAUUGUCUUGAUGAGAGCAUUGAUAAAAUCAAGUUUGAUCCCUUUAUUGUCGAAGAGAUAAAACAGAUUGCAGAAGGACCGUACAAAGAUGUUGUGAAACUUCAAACCAUGCGCUGCUUGUUCGAGGCCUAUGAGCAUGUCAUGAACCUGUUGGAAACGGUGUUUACGCCGAUGUUUUGCCAUAGUGAUGAGUACUUCAGAUAUCUGUUGACAGGAGCGGAAUCCCCCACACGCAACUCCAAGUCUAAUAGAAGUAGCCUCAAUUUGGAUGAUUUCAGGGGCACCAAUAAACGUGGAGAAACUUUCGGAAUAAGUCGAAUAGGUAGCAAGAUAAAGGGAGUUUUUAAAAGCACAACGAUGGAAGGGGCCAUGUUGCCGAAUUAUGGAUUGCGAGAAGGAGAUGAUGAUUCUGUGGAAGAGGCAACGGUGGUGUCCGAGGAUGAUUUACUUGAAGAGCUGGCAAUAACUCCCAAUGCUCAACGUAACCUCUCUGCAUGGAAAAUAACCAUUCCAUAUAUAGAUUUCUUUUUUGACAACAAAAAGGAGAAGAUUCCAGUCUUCUGUAUUGAUGUGGAACGGAAUGAUGAAGGAUCAGAGGGACGUGAAACUGAACGCUGUCCUGUUUACCGGAGAUAUUUUGAAUUUUAUGUAUUGGAGUCAAAGCUUACAGAGUUUCAUGGAUCUUUCCCAGAUGCACAGCUUCCUUCAAAGAGACUCAUUGGGCCCAAGAACUGUGAAUUUUUGAAAUCCAAACGAGAGGAGUUUCAAGAAUAUCUGCAAAAUUUGCUGAAACACCCAGAAUUAAGCAAUAGCCAACUUCUCGCCGAUUUUCUCUCUCCUGAUGGAUGCGAAUCACAGUUUCUGGAGAAAAUCCUGCCGGAUGUAAAUCUGGGGAAAAUUAUCAAGUCUGUCCCUGGAAAGCUGAUAAAGGAAAAAGGCCAACACCUGGAAUCAUUUCUCACAGCAUUCAUCAACUCCUGUGAGGCUCCCAAGCCCAAACCAAGCAGGCCAGAGCUCACCAUUCUCAGCCCAACCUCAGAGAACAAUAAAAAGCUUUUUACUGACUUGUUUAAGAAUAAUGCUAAUCGCUCUGAAAGCACCGAGAAGAAGUACAAUCAGAACUACUUCAUGGAAAUGGCAACAUUGGAUGGCAUUUAUGAUUACAUGAUGUAUGUGGCCCGUGUUGUUUUUCACAUCCCAGACUGGCUGCAUCAUUUUCUAAUGGGUGGACGCAUUCUCUUGAAGAACACACUGGAGGCAUAUGCAAACAAUUACCUUCAGCGAAAGCUGGACCAGUUGCUCCAGGAGCAUCGAGUGGUCUCCCUUAUAACUCUGCUGCGAGAUGCAGUCUUCUGUGAGAACACUGAGACGCACUCCACGGAAGACAGACAAAGGAGGGCAAAGCAAACUUUUGAUGAAAUGAUGGACUACAUUCCAGAUUAUUUUGUGAAGUGCAUUGGGGAAGAAGCCAAGUACGAGGGGGUGAGACUGCUGUUUGAAGGGCUGCAGCAGCCUGUGCUAAACAAACAGCUAACAUAUGUGCUGCUGGACAUUGUAUUGCAGGAAUUAUUUCCUGAACUCAGUAAGGGUCAGAAAGAGGUUGCAUCUGUACCUCCGUGCAAGUGAAGAGUACUGGGAACCAUUUCCCGUUAUUUUAGGAGAUGCAGUACAAUAGAGCCAUACUGUGUGAUUACUAUGGCAGAAUUAUGGAAUGCUGAAUUAUUUUAAUGAAUGUGGACAUCAUUUUUCCUUUAAUGAAAUUGCUGAUUUUAUUUCUGAAUGUGUGUUGCACUACGAGAACCAAUAAAAAAUAUAGUAGCAAUGUAUUGCUCGGGAGACAAUGUGCUGACAAAACUCUGUCCUUCUGACAAACAAGAAUAACCUCGGAAGCAUUGUUAUAAGAAAUUAGACAAAAGCCCACUGGGGUGGUGAAAUCUUGGCCAGACCAGUAUAUCAAGCUUUUUUAAACAUGGACAAUCUGUUUUGUGCUAAACUUGAUAAUGUAAGUUUGCAAUAAUAUAUUGAUGUCCUCAGAUGUAAACAAUGACCCACACAACACUGGAUUCUUAAUCAUAAUAAAAAAGCUUCUGCUG